AUGUAUUAUAAAAUAUAUGAGAUUCAGAACUACUGUCACUCAUCAUCACCUAAAAUAUAUACUACUGAUGUUACAGCCUGUGAAAUAGGUACAUUUGGUGUAAACUGUUCAGGAGGACCCUGUCCUUAUGGGUCUUAUGGACUUGGCUGUUCAGAAAAGUGUUACUGUACCACUGACCAGUACUGUGACAGAAAGACAGGAUGUACAUACAAUUAUUCCUCUUCUACAAACGAUACAAAGAACCACGACAGAGACGGGCAGUCAUACGUUAUCAGUACGGUUAGCGCUGUUGCAAUUGCAGUAUUUCUUGGUGUUGGGUCUAUUCUAGUUAUCAUUGUCUUUCUUUACAAUGAAAGAUUAAAGUUUCUACGCCAGUAUUUAACAAAAUUAGGGACAAACCGAGUCGAAAACGAUGAUGCAACACGUGAAUCAGAGAUGGAUCAAGAAGACUACUCUCAGAUGACACGGGCCUCAAGCAACUACAACAUGCUGAGCUUCAACAGAUUUAAUGUUGUCUCCAGAGUCAAUGUCACAGAGGAAGAAGAAAUCUACGAUCAAGGUGGUGCUGUUAUCCCUAGCCAGACAGAAGACUCUCAGGACAGUUACGUGUCGUUAGCUCUCAGACAAAACCACGUGACUCCUUCAUCCAAUGGUAUCAAGGAAGUUAUUUGCGAUGUAGAGGAAGAGGGUGUAUCUGAUAAGACGUAUGGCUCUAGAGAUAGCUACAUUACACUUGCACUUAAUCCAAGCACUUCUCCAAAAACUAAAGGAAAUACUAAAGGAAAUACCGGAAAGUGUUCAAAACAAAAGACACAGGCAGGAUGUUCAAAUAAAAACAAUCAGGAUAUCCAUGCAAAUACUCUGCCAAGAUUUCCUCUAAACUAUUACGUACUUGAAAAUAACAAAAUUGAUUCAAAAGGAAAAAAGAGAAAUAUGAAUGAUACAUUAUGAGAAAGUAAUCCUGAGUAAAUCUCAUACAGAGAUGGAGUGGAUGAGAAAGGGAGCGAGGAUGUUGUAAUUACAUAUACAAAAUUAAUUAUUAUAUUAUCAAUUUCAUCAACGUUUCAAUAUCUUAUUCAUUCUUAUCUUAGGUGAUAUUCUUAGCUUUUUGUGUGUUUUAAGCAGGCUAGUGAUUAAACUUCAUUUUUUUCUUUUGAAUAAAUAUGUUUAAUUUUUCAAAUUAUGCUUGUACAUGAAGAAGGAUAUGGAGAUAACGAACAGUAUUCACGCUCAAAGUCCAUAAAACAGUACAAAACAAGAGCAGAACAAACACGGACCUCCGAAACAUCAGAGGUGGGAUCAGGUGCGAUGGAGGAGUGGGCAUCCCCAAAUGAUCGGUCACACCCGCCAAUAUUGAUAUUGAUAUCAAUAGAGUGCCAUAGUAAUGAUAUUGUUUAUAUUUACAACAUUAAUGUUUGUACCUUGUUUGCAAUGCUUUUUUUUAAAGUUCAUUAUUUGAAACCUUAAUAUUUUUAAUAAAUGCAAAAGUUCAAAUAAAUAUAUCACGAUGAAUACUAGAAAUUAAGUUUGUCUCUAAUUUCAAUUCGUGUUUGUAUUAAUGUAUACAUUGACAAUGUAUUUAAUAGAAGAUCCAAGAUGUUAUGUGCAGUUAAAGUUGUUUGACCUUCAGUGUGUGAUAAAAUAAAAAAGAAAUCGUCAAAAGACAUAAUUAUAAAUAGAUACAGCUAUUCUUAGCAUAUUUUAUAUAAGAUGAAAAAUUUGAUUUUAUAUCUACAGGAGAUUUGUUUUUUUUUUUCUAAUUAAGGAAGCAACAGUGUAUUCUUUGUAUUAAUGCUUCAGUGUUUCAAACGUAAUCCUAUAUGAGUAACAAGGCUGGUACAUUAUGUUGAAAAUAAAAUGAAUAAACUCAAUUUGUGCAUCUUUAUUUUAUGUAACUAUGUUUUCAAAAUCCAAUAUACAUAUUUUGAUAGUGCUAAAAGUUUUUCUAGGAAUAUUUUCACCAGAUGUGUAGAUUAAUUAAAUUAUUAUAUUAUGUCAAUAUAAAGUACAAUUUCUAUUGAUCUCUAACUGAGAUUUAAUUGAUCUCCAGUGUCAAAAUUAUCAUCACUUCAGUAAAUAAGUUUUCCUAGUUAUCGCUAUAGUAUAACAGUGAGAUUUAUGAGAUUGGUCACUAUCCUUCCAUCUUUUACGUUUGUACAUCACA